CUGGUUCUGAAUAUGAGCGCUAGAUAGUGAGUGAACUUUUUUUCUUUUUUUUCUUUUUUUUUUUUUUAAAGUUACUUUUUUUCUUUUUUUGUAUUUGAGAUCUAAAUAUAUCGUUAGUGAUAUUAGGUGAUCGAGUGAUGACUAAUUAAAAAUCCCAAAAGAGAUUUAAUGUCAUAUGUUGCAUUAAAUUUAAUAAGCAGUAAUGUAGUAAAUCUGGAACUUCCCAUAUUUUUCCCUCCUGUUAUUUAAUUAGAAGAUGUCUGAGCUCUCCAAAGGAGCGUUUGACCACAUGGACCCCUUGAUGUCCAAAGGUGAUGAAUUCUGUCAUGACAUCAGAGAGUUAAACAUAAAGGCACAUGAGGAGAGAGAGAGCGCGCGCGAGAGAGAGACGCUGUUGCACACUUGCGCACUGCGCGUAAAGGACACACGUAUCCAAACUCUCGCAGCGACUCGUUCCGCUCUUCGCAAAAGGAAGAAACUUUUUGUUUUGUCAAUGAAGUGGAGUUUUACAUCUGUCACAGCACCUACAGCUUGUCUUUUAUACAGCAGUGUCGAUAGAAUAUGUGUAAAAAGAGGCGGGCGUUCCCGUUAAAGUCUCCCACUGUUUUCUGCAGAUAAACAGCUUUUUUUCUUUGCGAUCUCAAAGAUGGAACACAGUGAAACGGGGAUUUAUAAAAGAGCAGCAGCUUUAUAUGAAGACCCCAGCAGACUGCAUUGAUCAUCUCACGUGCCAUGAACAGAAGAUCAGCUGCGCGCGUGGAGUUUUAACUGGACUUUAUCUGAAGGACCUGCACUUGUUUGAGCUCGAUUUAGGAACAUUGCUGAUGUGUGAAACCAUCUUAUUUAACUUAUUUAGAGUACCGUGUCCCUAGUUUUUAGGUUUAUUAAUCGGAGUUUUACACUUUGUGUUAUUUUACGAACAGCGCAAAUCUAGUAUUAUGACAGGCUUCGACUCAUGGACCUUCUCCUGUCCAGAUGGAUCUAGCGCAGGUUUGCGUUCCUCCUUAAAGCGGCUCUUAAGGUGGCUUUGAUGCACGAAGGAUCCUCCAAACUCUCACAAUGGCUCACUCAAACACGGAAUAUGGUCCCAUCUCCUGGCCUGAGCCCAUCUGAUCUCGUUCGUCACUGAUCUGUCAGCUUUAGAGUGAUCAUGGUCUCGUCCGUUGGCGCUCUGAUGGUUCUGAUGGUCACUCAGGUGUUCUUUGGAGGUUCCCGCGGACUCGUACCUCAGAUCGGCCGGUCCUCUCUGUCUCAGGAUGUCUUACACGCGUUUGAACUUCGACUUCUGAGCAUGUUUGGACUCAAACACAGACCCAGUCCCAGCAGGUCUGCGGUUGUUCCGCAAUACAUGAUGGACUUGUACUCGAUGCACUCGGUGAACGCGGAGCAGAACAACAGCAACAGACCCAAGGGUUCCUUAGGGAAAGGCUCAGAAAGAUCUGCCAGCCGCGCGAAUACUAUCAGGAGCUUCCACCAUGAUGAAUCCACGGAGGACCUGUCCAGCUCGAGUGGAAAGACAACUCAGCGGUUCCUCUUUAACCUGACCUCCAUCCCAGGCGAGGAGUUUGUGACGUCAGCGGAGCUGCGGAUUUUCCGAGAGCAGGUCGUGAGUUCUCCGAGCAACGGCAGCUCGGCGGGAUUUCACCGCAUUAACGUUCACGAGAUUAUAAGGCCGUCCGGUUCCCUUCAGGAGCCCAUCACGAGACUCUUGGACACCAGGCUGGUUCAGCACAGCUUGAGCAAGUGGGAGAGUUUCGACGUGAGCCCCGCCGUCACGAGGUGGACCGCAGACGGACGGCCCAACCACGGCUUCGUGGUGGAAAUAGUUCACCCGGACCAGGACUCCAAAAGACACGUCCGUGUCAGUCGGUCCCUGCACGACAGGGAGGACACGUGGCCCCAGAUGAGGCCGCUAUUGGUGACCUACAGCCACGACGGGAAGGGGAACGUUCUGCACUCUCGCGAGAAGCGGCAGGUGCGGCCGAACAAACAGCGGAAGAAGCACAAAGCCAACUGCAAGAGACAUUCCCUCUACGUGGACUUCAGCGACGUGGGGUGGAACGACUGGAUAGUCGCCCCGCCGGGCUACCAUGCCUUUUACUGCCAGGGCGAGUGUCCGUUCCCGCUGGCGGACCACCUGAACUCCACCAACCAUGCUAUUGUACAGACACUGGUGAACUCGGUGAACAGCAACAUUCCCCGGGCCUGCUGCGUUCCCACGGACCUGAGUCCCGUUUCUCUGCUCUAUCUGGACGAAUACGAGCGGGUGAUCUUAAAAAACUACCAGGACAUGGUCGUGGAGGGCUGUGGAUGCCGCUGACUUUAUUUUUCCCAAUACUAAACUUUAUUUAUAAUAAAGUAAAACACAUAUUUUGGAGAAGUAUAUAAAGAUAUAUUUAUGUUCACUAUUGGGAAAAUAAAUAUUUUAAUCGGAGUUAAACUAACGUAUUUUCUGAUCUACGUUUCGCACAUGAAGUAUUCUGUAUUUAUUUCUACCGCACUCAUUUUUUUUAGAGAGUAGUUAAUAGUUUUGGUAACACUUUACAAUAAGGUCUAACAUUAUGCAUUAACAUUAAGCAUUACACUAUUUAAUAAUCUUUGUUAACAUUAGCAGAUUAAUAAAAACACUGCUGUUCAUUGUUAGUUCAGGUCCAUUAAAGGGUUAGUUCACCCAAAAAUGAAAUUUCUGUCAUUAAUUACUCAGCCUCAUGGCGUUCCACACCCGUAAGACCUUUGAUCAUCUUCAGAACGCAAAUUAAGAUAUUUUUAAUGAAAUCUGGGAGGUUUUUUUAUCCCCCAUAGUAGGCAACGACAUUACCACGUUCAAGGUACAGAAAAGUAGUAAAAACAUUGAUAAAAUAGUCAACGUGACUACAGCAGCUCAACCUUAAUGUUAUGAAGUGACGAGAAUACUUUUUGUGCGCAAAAACAAAACAAAAAUAAUGACUAUAUUCAACAAUUUCUUAUCUUCCCUGUCAGUCUCCGACGUUGUUUACACUGAAUUACGUAAUUUACUCACCCCCAUGUCAUACAAGAUGUGUGUGUCUUUAAUAUCGAAGAGAAAUUAAGGUUUUUGAGGAAAACAUUCCAGGAUUUUUCUCCAUAUAGUGGACUUAACUGGGGUUCAACGGGUUGAAGAUCCAAAUGUCAGUUUCAGUGCAGCUUCAAAGAGCUCUACAUGAUCCCAGACGAGGAAUAAGAGUCUUAUCUAGAGAAACCAUCGGUCAUUUUCUAAAAAAAUAAAAAUUAUAUACUUUUUAACCACAAAUACUCAUCUUGCACUUCUCUGCUCUGCCCCACGCAAUCAUCGUUGAAAAGGUCACGUGUGACAUAGGGUGGAAGUACCGCGGUAGGGCGAAAAACUCCCAACUUCAAAAUCGUCCGACAUCGUUGUUUUACCCUUUUUUGUAAAGGCCGUUUGACUUGGUCUUUGCAUGUUCGCUUUGUAAACACUGGAUCGGUACUUCCGUCUACGUUACUCGUGACCUUUCCAACGUGAUUACGUAAUGCGUGGAGCAUCGCAGAGCAGUGCAAGACGAGCAUUUGUGGUUAAAAAAUAUAUUAUUUAUUUAUUUUUUUUUAUAGAAAAUGACAUUACUCUAGAUAAGACUCUUAUUCCUCGUCUGGGAUCGUGUAGAGCUCUUUGAAGCUGCACUGAAACUGACAUUUGGACCUUCAACCCGUUGAACCCCAGUGAAGUCCACUAUAUGGAGAAAAAUCCUGGAAUGUUUUCCUCAAAAACAAAUUUGUGUUCAGAAGACGAACGAAGGUCUUACGGGUGUGGAACGACAUGAGGGUGAGUAAUUAAUGACACAAAUUUAAUUUUUGGGUGAACUAACCCAACUAUUGAUGUAUUAGUAAAUGUUGAAAUUACAUUAAGAUUAAUAAUUGUUAAUGUUAGCUAAUGGAUCCUAUUGUAAAGUGUUAUCAUAUAUUUAAUGCAUAAUCAAAGAAGAAAAUAGCUAGAUGUCAUUAAUGGUUACUAUGUUUCUAUAAGCAAUGCAAAAUGCAAGAGCUACUCACCUAUAUGUGGAAAUGCAUUAAAUGCAGUAAAAAGCACUUAAAGGGUUACCUUUGGAACGGCAUUGGCUGAAAUGGACCAAAUUCCAACAAAACAAAAAGCAAUGGAAUUUGCAGUGUGAAGCCAGUGUUUUAGAGAUGUGUCUUUGUUAAGCAGCAGUAAAUGUGAAUGCACUUAUUUCAAACCAAUGUGACAGGUAGUUGACACUGAAUGCUCAGGAAAUUAGCCGGUGUGAGUUUAGCCCCACAGCAUGAGCUCUUGAAAUCCACCUAUUGCCUGAAGACAAUGACUAUUGUGUUUCUUCUCACAGGUUCUUAUGCUUUGGUUGCGUAAAGGUGUCUUCCUCCAGCUUUACACUGAAGUCAGCUUAUUGAGUCUUGCUAAUUAAGAGCCAUUCACUACAAGCUGCUCUAAAGUCGAGAGCUAGGAAGUGUUUAAUUAGAGGGACGUUGUUUAAAACGUGAGGAUUGCCAUGUAAUCAAGCUGCCCAAAAUAAAGAGUGCGGAAUGCAAAAUGUAUGCGCUGACAG